CCUCACCUUACGUCCGCCGCUGCUAUCAUCUUCCUUUUCCGUUCCGAUCAAAACCUUACCUCCAGUUCUCCAUUGCUGGUUGUGACUCCCGUUCUCAAAUAGUUCUCAAGAUUGAAAAGGUCUUCUGCACCAAAUAUGAGCACCGCAACUCUGAGAUCGGCACCUGCUGCUGCCUCGCCCUUUCCCAAUGAUACCAAGAGGCUUCAGCAUAUUAACAGCAUCAGGAAUGCUACUGUUGGAGCUCAGAUGAAGCGUGUAAUUGACAUUCUUUUUCAGACAAGGCAAGCAUUCACACCAGAACAGAUCAAUGAAGCAUGUUAUGUUGAUGUCAAUGGCAACAGAGAUGUUCUUGAGGGUUUAAGGAAAAAUCCUAAAGUAAAUUUCGAUGGAAAGCGCUUCUCUUACAAGGCUAAGCAUGAUGUAAAGAACAAGGAUGAGCUUCUUGUCUUGAUUCGGGAAUAUAUACAAGGCAUCGCUGUUAUAGAUCUCAAGGAUACGUACCCGAAUGCGAUGGAAGACUUGAAGGCUUUGAAAUCUGCCGAUCACAUUUGGCAUCUAUCCGAUUUCGACUUUAACGAUGAAACCGUCUUCCCCAACGAACCUAGGGUAAAUAUGGAGGUGGACGACGACAUUAAAAGGUUACUCCGGUCAAUCGAAUUGCCACGAGACAUGCUCAAUAUCGAGAAAGAUCUGCAGAAGAUUGGAAUGAAACCUGCCACGAACACAGCGAAGAGAAGAGCUGCUGCUCAAGUGCAAGGCAUUUCCUUCAAGCCGAAGCCUAGGCAGCAGAAGAAGGCCUAUUGCACAUGA